AUGGCCGGUAUGACAGACGCAAGUCUCCGUGAGACUAUAAUCCAGCGUCUUGAGGCGUCGCACGUCGAAGUCACCGACAUGUCUGGCGGCUGCGGUCAAGCGUUCACGACACUCAUCGUUUCCCCCCGAUUCCAGGGUCUCACGUCCCUCAAGCGACACCGUCUAGUCAACGCCGCCCUCAAGGAGGAGAUUGCCAGCAUCCACGCCUGGACCGCAAAAUGCAAGACCCCCCAGGAGUAUGAGCGCGACGUGAUUGCUUCUACCGAUCAGACAAUGGGUGGUACGGCCUAA